AUGGCGUCUGAUACUGUUGCGCCUAAAAAUGAUAUUGUGUACAUCUGCCCUGCAAUCGAAAGGCUUUCACCCAGAGUAAUUUCUCUGAUCUACUGGAAAAAACCGGUUGAGUCAGCUAUCGUCAUGGCAACAGGCUUCACCCUCUUGUUCAGCAUUGGGUGUCUUUCCUUGAUAUCAGUCUUCGCUUAUGUUUGUCUUGCUAUUCUUUGCUGCACUGGUGCUGCACGUGUUUAUUACGAUCUGAUAACUUCUAAGAGAGAUGAAACCGCUUCCCCUCCGUUCAGCGACUGGUUUAUCAAAGACAAAGAAGCUUUGAGGCAGCGCGUUCAUGAUUAUGUGAAUGAGAAGUUUGACAAAACAGAGUCCACCUUCCAGGAUCUGAGGCAUUACCUCCUCAUUGAGAACUAUAUUGAUUCUCUGAAAGCAAUUCGCUCUACUCAUGUAUCUCCUGUCAAUUCUGGGUGGCUUCUUCAAUUUGAUCACCCUCGUUCUUCUCGCCUUUACGCUGAUCUUCACGAUCCCGAUGAUCUACGACUUGUGCAGAUUGACAAGUUUACUGAGAAGCCUAAACGGGAAUGGCGCAAGAUUUGGAGCAAAGCGAAAGCACAAUUUGAAAAAAUUCCAUACCUUAAAAAGGAAAAGCAAAACUAG